GUACCCGAGUUAACAUGUUUCGUUAAAAGGCCAGUUCACAAUUUUACAUCGCACAUUGUGCACAUGGUGAACUGUGAUAUGAAAACAAAUGACACUUUGGCAGCAAUGCGCUCUUACGGACCAAAAUUGAAUUAUUAAUUGAAUGACAGCUCAUUGGGUUAAUGUAUUUUGCUACAUUUACGAUAUAAAUUAGCCAGAAAUGACGGACAAAGCUAAACUAAAAGAAGAAACAAAGAAGCAAAUUCGAGGUCUGAUUCUUUCCUCCCCAGUCGGGCUGACACUGAGAGAACUCAAGACAGAUUAUGAAAGCUUCAUCGGACCACCAAUACCCUUCAGACAGCUUGGCUACAACAGCUUGGAAGAUUUUCUCCAAGAUAUUCCGGACACGGUUUGUCCAUCGUGGGAGAAGGGUAUUCUAAUCCUGAAAGCGCCAACGGAUCCCACAACUCGGCAUAUCGAGCGACUAGUGUCCAGACAGAAGAUCCCAAACAAGAAGAAGUGGGCUGCGUUACGAAAGCAACCACCUAGACGCAACACGUAUCGGCCUGCUCCAGUAGUACCCAGUCAUUUAAGAAAUCAGAUUCAGAACUUGUUCAAGUGCUACAGUGAUGGCUUGCCAAUCACACAUUUUGAGGCUUGUUUUUCGAAGAGAUUUGGGUACCAGCUUGAUUAUAAAAAACUCCGCUUUGAUACUUUGAGUGACCUGUUGGGAAGUAUUCCUGAAGUAGUGAAGCUCCUGCCUUUUCAGAAUGGAGAACUGAGGGUUGUACCAGUAGAUUUUAGAUCUGGUGUGCCACCGAAAAUAAAUGUUUCCCCCAAAGCAGACAGUCGUGUUCCUUCAGCGUCUGCCACAGCUAAUACAGUUACCAAAUACAGUUGCAUAUCAAAGCCUUCAGUCACAGCCCCCAGCAGCACACCCGGUAUCACACAGAAAUAAUCCCAUUAACACCCAGAAUCUUUUAUUAAGUCAUCAACCACAACAUACAUCAAACAUUCCUUCUCUUCUGAGUCUCCCAAUCCAAAA